ACGACAUUAAAAUGGGUAUUCAUUGAUGCACCUCCUUAUACUUUUUGGGGGGGAAGAAUUUUCUGAUUUUCUCAAAAUUUACCUAGCAGCGACGUCGUAUCGUAUUGAAAAACCCCAAACUAAACCCCUCCCUCAGUCGUCAGAUCCAAAACUCAGAGCAAAGCAAAGAUACAUACAGCAAUACAACCUAUAUGAUUCGUCCUCGUACCUUAUUGUUUUACUACUACUUAAACUCAGCAACAUCAACCUCACGGCGAUGGAUAUCUUCCACAACACAAUUCCAUGCCUCAUGGAUGGACAAAAUUAAAGGUGCUUUCACUGGCCAAAAGACAUCCCCCGACGUACCUACCUCCGACUCAUUCACUCUCCUUCGAUUUGCGGAUGAAUUGGGCAAAGCGAAGAAGUUGGGGACUCUGAAGCAGUACAUAGUAGGGCGAAGUAGUGAAGCUACAUUUGCUGAUGCUUUUGAGAAGCAGCAGGCUAUUCUCCAAUAUCUUGGUGCAUUGGAUCCCACUGGAGAGAAUCUUCAAACAAUUCAAAAGCAAGAGGCAGCAAAACAUUGCAAGUGCACAAUAUCCGAUGUUGAAAAUACAUUAGCAAAGUUUACUUGGGCAAAAGAAGCACAAAAGAAAAUUGAGAAGCUGAAGGAAGAAGGGAAGCCGAUGCCAAAGAGCCUGGCUGAGAUUCAAAAGAUGAUGGGUUCAUCCCCACUGGAUGUUGCACGAUCGAACUUGGCUAAGAGUGGGCAAAUUAGCAGGAAUGCAUUCUGUCCUUGUGGUUCCAAGAAGAGAUACAAAAGGUGUUGCGGGAAGGAUUCAACAGUUUAAAAGGAGAAACAGUAGAGAUUUAGUCAACAAUUAGCUAAAGAUGAAGUGCCAACAUGUCCAAAAAAGAAAUUCUUAUAUUGUCGGAUGACGUUUUUCUUUUGUCUCAAGUCAACCGAUUGUAGUGUCGUUUAAUAAUAUCAAUGGAGAUAAAAUCUGAUUGUUAAUGCACAUCAAAGUUUGUCAAUUGAACUAUUCUUUUCUUGCUUGUAAAAACUAGUAUUCUACUAUAUAUUCUAGGUACCUAUUGUUUGAGAACUA